AUGGCGGGCGGUGGUUUCUGGGCUCUCGGGGGGCACGGUGGUCCGGGAGGUUUUGGGGGGCUUGGGCACGGACUACGGUGGCUCCCUGGGCUCCGGAAGGCGGGCACCGCGGCGUCGCCGUCGCACACGCCCAGGAACCCUAGGCCGCGCUCCCGCUCCCCGGACGCCGCCUCCGUGUCCGGCAGCGCGGCCUCCGACGCCGACUCCGCCAGCGACGACAACACAUCGCCGCUCCCGCCCCCGCGCCAGUCUCGCGGGGAGGACGCCGCCAUCAACCCUCUCAGCUCGCGCCCCAUGGACCCGCCGCGCCGCUCCAUGGUCCCCUCCUUCAUGGAGCCGCGCCCCAAGCGCCCCCGCAGCGUCGCUGUCCCGUCCUCCGUGGAGCAGCUCAAGAGGCCGUCGCGGCUCUGGAGCCUCGCCGACGAGCUCGUCAUCCUGCGCGUCCUGGCGGCGUACCAUGCCAGGCGUGGCGUUCGCCCCGGCUCCAUGCAUGACAUUGCUAAGCUCCAAGGCCUCAUCCAGAGCGAGCUUAGCGUUCAGGUGACCCCCACGCAGCUCAGCGACAAGGUACGGCGUCUCAAGCAGAAGUACAAGCUGCUUGCAUCUCGUGCCAAGAACGGGCGGGACCCAGACUUUCCCACCCCGCAUGACCGUAGUGUCUAUGAGCUUGGCAGCAUCUCGAAUAUUUAG